AUGGCCUUCACCGUAGCAGCAUCGGAAUACGGCAAAAGGAAUUGGGGAGACAUGAACGCCGGACAACAAACGACGAGGCGGCUGGUCUCAAGAGCCGGUCAAUCAAUAUGUCGCUCAUGUAGAGACACCCUCACCCGCACCUACGCAUCUGCCACCGCUGCCGCCGUUCAGACUGAGGACCAGGUUGCCCAGCAUAUCCCUCCCGUCGCUCAAGUCUCGCCGUCGACCUCCUACGCUGUCAAUGCUGGUGUCGUCCUGUCUCGCCCACCACAAAUAACACGCGACUUGCAUCCCUUCGAGGCCGCCUUCUUCCUCUACCAGAAACGUCUCAAUGAGCGAUUGGCCCUGCCAUUCACCCGUUACUUCUAUGUCAAGAAGCGGACUCCUGCCGAUUUAGAAUGGAAGCGAAAGAUGAAGCAACGCCUCACCCCCGCACGCGAUAUCGGACGAUACCAGGGUUAUGGUGCCGAAGCGUGGAAUGACGAGCUUCUUGUUGGCGCACAGGAGAGCAAUUUUGAACACCAGGUUGGAAAGCUGCUGGAAGACGCUGAGCAAUCCGGUCUAGAAGAUGCGCCAGACACCACAGGCGCAAAGAAGAUGGAGCGUGAACCGGUUGAAAAGCCAAUGUCGAGAGUGACCGAGGCAGACGAGAAGAACGACACCAAGAGCUUGAACCGCGCGUUACAGCGGACGCUGUAUCUUUUGGUCAAGAACAAGGAGGGGCAAUGGCAAUUUCCGCAGGAUCGGUUAAAUGACGAGCAUCUACAUGGCGCGGCAAACCGCAUCAUCACCCAGGCUGGAGGUGUGAACAUGAACACCUGGCUCGUCGGCCACGUGCCAAUCGGCCACCACCAAUUGACCUACCGUGAGCCGCGGCCGUCAGGUUCUCUCCAGGAGUAUGGCGCCAAGACCUUCUUCAUGAAGGCGCGCAUCAUGGCUGGUCAAGUCAACCUGAAGGAGAACAAGCUCGGUCUUCAGGAUUUCAAGUGGUUGGCUAAGGAAGAGCUGAGGAGCGAGGUAGAUGGUAGUUACUGGCGAGCGAUCAAGAACAUGUUGGCCGAGCGGUAAUGAGCUUAUUCAUAUCGUACGUAUGUAUAUGAGCGAAUAACGUGUAACAUACUGCAGAUUUUCUAGUAUCAUGUACAUUAUGGAACUGUACUCUAUACCAAGCUUUGUCCUUU